AUGUACCUUGCGAGGCUCAGUCUUACUAUAUGCAAGUGCAAGUACAUGGUUCAUUAUGUACAAAGUCUCCGCUGCAGCAACAGCACAAAAUGCUACCUACCCUCAAUUACUCGAACCCGUCAGAUCGAUGUCACUUCCAACACGCUCCGCACAAACUCUGACCGUCCCCCCUAA